UCUGUCCGCGACCGUCCGUCAAGUUAAAUCACACAUCAGCUUAAUUAUAUAUAGUAUUAAGUCGUGUGUUGAUAAUACCCCUAAGUCACUUAAUUAACAAAAAAAUAAUAAAUAAUAAAAUCAAAUGAAAUUAUUAUAAAAUUUCCAGUGAUUGUUAGUUAGUGCAAAGUGUUAAUAAUUCAAAAAUUUAAAUAAAUAAAAAUGCGUGAAAUUUUGUGUUUUCGCGGUAUUUUUAUAUCUAUUAUUUUAGUGAGUUAUAGUUUAUUAAUAUGGAAUACAAAUGCAUUUAAUAUUGAAACAAGACACUAUACUACGUAUCAAAAAGAAUCUAAAUCAAUGUUUGGUUUUUCUGUCGCUGAAUAUCGUGACCACAGCAAACGUGGAUGGGUCAUCGUAGGAGCACCGGAAGCACAGACAUCACAACCGAAUGUAUUUCGUGGUGGUGCUGUUUAUAGAUGCGACAUUGCUGUAGACGACAGUUGUAUACCUGUUGAAUUUGAUCGCAAAGAAAAUAAUUACAUUAAAAAUCCAAAUCCACCUUACAAUCUUAUACAAAUCGACAAUAAGACACUACAGUGGUUUGGUGCAACUGUCUCUACAUCUCUCGAGGACGGGGGACCGAUAUUGGCUUGCGCGCCGAGAUACGUUUUCUUUUCGGUAUCGCAAUCGAAAAAAGACUUCGGCGAUAGUUCGAGACAAUCGAUCGUGGGAAAUAGACGGGAUCCAGUCGGCACUUGUUGGUCCACCAACUUCACGACUUCCACUGAAUUUGCGCCAUGUCGUACUCGAAAUUUUGGGUACCACAGACAAGGAUACUGCCAAGCUGGUUUAGGUGCUGCAGUCUCCCGAGACGGAGAGAGAAUUUUCAUCGGCGCACCCGGAAGUUGGUACUGGCAAGGUCAGCUGUACUCAGUGAUGAGAAGAUUGGAUAAUUUUCCCUUUGUACCACCAGGAAAUUCUUCAUUCGGUGUUUUUCAAGGACAAACUUACACACAGUUGCUAAAUAAUCGAGAUAAAGUUAAGUUUACUAAAGAAGGCUCCCCGGAGGAGGAUGAUAGUUAUCUCGGAUAUUCUGUAACUACGGGUGACUUUAUUGGUAAUGGAGACAGUGGUUCUGCUGUCGGUAUGCCAAGAGGAUUUGGAUUGCAUGGCAAAGUGAUACUUUUGACGUCAAAUAUGACGAAUCACCAGAACAUAACCGGAGAACAAAUGGGCGGUUACUUCGGAUACGCACUAGCCAGCGGUGACAUCGACGGCGACGGACUCGACGAUCUGCUCGUCGGCGCUCCGAUGUACACGAUACCAGAGAACCCCGAAAUGAAUUACGAAACCGGGCGUAUUUACAUUUUCUACGGCAAGGGUCCCGACAAAUACCGUCAAUAUGUGACCAAAGACGGCGAAAGCAACAGAGGCCGUUUCGGUUUAUCCAUAGCCUCCCUCGGAGACAUCGACCGCGACGGGUACGGGGACUUCGCGGUCGGCGCCCCUUACGGUGGCCCAGAAGGCCGCGGGUCAGUUUACAUUUACCACGGAUCCCGCGACGGCGUCCAAGAGACUUAUUCCCAAGUGAUCCACGCCCAGGAGCUCAGCAGCCGGGUCGAGACCUUCGGGUUCUCGGUCGCCGGCGGCCUUGACCUCGACGGGAAUCUUUACCCCGACAUGGUCGUGGGUUCUUACGACUCAAGCACUGCGAUGUUUUUCCGCUCGCGGCCCGUAAUCAAGAUGGUACCGCAGGACACCUUCGUCGAGUUCGGAUCCUCAUCUAAACUGAUAUCGCUGGACGAUAAAGACUGCACACUCUCGAACACAACACCUGUUACCUGUCUUCCUCUCAAGGCCUGUUUCAUGUACACCGGAGACGGGGUUUUGUCCAGCUACGACUUCAACGUCCAGUACGUACUUGAUGUUAAAAAGACCAAGAGUCCAAGACUCUUCUUUUUGGAACACGAGGGCAAGCACACUCUGAAUCACACAAUUACCGUCGAUCGGAAUCAGCAAUUCUGCCGCACUGUCAAAGUCUACGUAACACCAAGUAUUCGUGAUAAAUUAACAUCUCUGGAGGCUGAAAUGCGUAUGAGUUUAGCUGAGGAACGUUGGACAGACCCACGGCCACGCGAUCCUCGCAUUCCAUUGAGACCAGUCCUAGCAACGACGUCAUCACGCAAAGAUACCUUGUCAAUACGUAAAAAUUGUGGCGCUGACAAUAUCUGUACUCCGGAUCUACAGCUAACAGUGACACCGAACGUAAAUCGUUAUCUCCUUGGGUCCGGUAACCGCUUGGAAUUUGACGUACUGGUGAAGAAUUCCAACGAGGACGCAUUCGAGGCGACCUACAACCUGAUGCUGCCACCAGGCGUCGAUUAUAUCAAGAUCGAGCGUAUAGACAAGGCUGAGAUUCCUGUCCAGUGUUCGGCACCCAAACAAUCGAACAACAAUACCCUCAAGUGCGACAUCGGCAACCCGCUGCCCAAAGGUAAUCUCGUGCACUUCAACGUCCUCCUGCAGCCCGUUGAUGUCCAUGACGAGAAGUCUUCCUACGACUUCCGGAUGAACGUCAACUCGACGAACGCAGAGCCUCUGGAGACGACAGCCGACAACUCGCAGCAUCUUUCCCUGGAAAUUUGGGUGGAAACGGAGCUGCUGAUUGAGGGCGAAAGUAAACCUAAGGACGUAUACUACAAUCCGGAUAAUUAUACUGUCAUUAAUGCGACGACUGACGUCGAAUAUGGACCGGCGUUUAUUCAUAACUACACGAUACGCAACCAAGGACCCUCGAGGAUUGAAGAAGCUGAGGUAUUUUUAAUUUGGCCGGCUGCUACUCUGGGUAAAGAUGAUCUGGUUUAUUUACUAGAGCAGCCUGAAACUACUGGGCCUCUGGUCUGCGCGACUGCUAAUUCAAAUCCGCUGAGUUUGAAACUCGAGCAACGCAGGAGACAGUACAUGCAUUAUUCGAACACGGGGGUUGUUCAUGAACAUUUAAUUGGGUCAGGUAAAACAAUGAAUGUACAUACUGGGUAUGAAAUGCCAACUGAACAAACUAAUAAGCAUUGGAGAACAUCGUCAUCUUCUUCUUCUUCAUCUGGAUCUUCUGUAUCGACAGGGGGAUCUUCUGUAUCGACAGGGGGAUCUUCUGUAUCGGCAGGGGGAUCUUCUGUAUCAACAGGAUCUGGAUCUUCUGUAUCGGCAGGGUCUGAAUUUUCUGUAUCCAGAGGAUCUGGAUCCAGUUCAUCAUCAGGUUCAGGUUCUGGUUACGGAACAUCAAAUGAAAAACGUGUAAUUAUUCAUACAGAAACAGGUGGUAGCAGCCUAGGAAUAGGUGAUGCCAUGGGUACAAUCCAUACCACAAAAGAGCCUUUGCUACCAGACUUACACGACGACAAAAUCUGGCAAACGGGCCGUAAUUUCUAUGACAAAAAUGAAACCCACUCAAUUUACCACUCGGCCAAUGGAGACUCUGUUAUCGACGACAGUUACAAGCAAACCGGUGGCUCGAACACGAACAUUAAAGUCACGCAGACUUGGUCCGAGUCCCGGGACGAGGAAGAAAAGCGCCGGUUUGAUGACGAAGAGGCUCGAAGAUUUGCCGAGCAAGAAACGAGGCGACUUGUCGAAGAAGAACGCAGACGUCUAGAAAAAAUUCAGGAACAGAGAGCGCAAAAUAAUUACAACUCCCGCGAAUUUAUUUACGGCAAUGAGAAAAAGUAUCAAGAUGCCGAAGUUGGAAAGCCAGGAUUCGGUGUCCGGCUGCGGAACAUAACCUCGACUCAGGACCUAGAAAAAUUUCUGGGUACUCUGCAAGAUUCUGUGGGUUACGAAGUUUACCACCGCGAGGGUAAGAGAUUCCUGCAGUUCUUAGGAAGGUAUCGAGUAUCGGAAGAUGGUAAAGAAUACGUCGAGUUCAAAGACGGGUCGAUAUUUCCGUUGAAGAAUCGCUUUGGGGAGCAGAGUUACGGCUCGCAGAAUACCGACAAUGAGAAGAGAUACACGCAGUUGGAAGGACAGAUCAUCAAGGGGGAAGAUGGCAAGGCCUACUGUCGUCUUGAUGACGACAGACGGUUCCCGUUACAGAGCACGUGGUAUGAAGAGAGAACUUAUAGUUCAGGAAGUAAUUUAAAUGGACAGGGAACUGGAAUUAAUCAUGGGGGUGUAGUGGAAAGACACGAGUCCACUUUUACUAGAGUAAAUAAUAAUAAUGGCGGCGAAUUUGUUGAAGGCAGUAUUAAAACUCAUGGCAACUCGUGGAGAGAAACGACGAAUAGACAUUACGGGAAGAAAAUAGAAACUUAUGAGACGCGGGUGGAAAGCAAAAUGGCGGAGAACCAAAACGAAGAACGAGGUAACGAUGAUAAUGACCAAGAAGAAUACUAUGAUGAUGAGGAAGACAAUUAUGAAGACGACUCGCGUUUUACGCGUAGUCUAGACUUUGUUAAUAAGAAGACUAGCAGAAAGUCGAGGGUCAAGAAAGAGUUUGAAGGUUAUGAGGAAGUCAAUGGCCCGGAAGAAAUGAAGGAAGAAAAAAUAUUGCCGCUGUGUGAGGCUGCGAGAUGCGUGCGCCUGCGCUGUACUUUGGGGAGGUUGGAAAAGGAUGAAGAAGUUUCGAUAAGCGCGAGGUACAGAGUCAAGGGGACGACGUUGAAGAAAAUUGCGGCGGAUGAAGCGGUUAAAAUUUCGACGCAGCUGGUCGCUAGGGUUACGAAGCUGCCGUUCAUUGGGAAACCAGCCGGUGAAGUUGUUAAGAGUCAUGAAGUUUAUACUAAUGUUGAACCUACUGCCAGAGCACCCGAACCGGAUGUUGUGCCAUUGUGGGUUGUUGUGUUGUCAGCCUGUGCUGGUACUAUUAUUUUACUGCUGCUUAUCUUCUUACUUCAUAAGUGCGGAUUCUUCAAAAGAAAUCGACCAAGUGAUGUACCUGAAAGACAACCAUUGAAUCGUAAUGGACAUUUUCAACACGGGGACGAUCAUCUCUAAUAUUAAUAAAUAAUUAAAUUAAAAAUUAUAACGAAAUAUUAUUUGUACAUAAGUACUGCGAUGUGCCUUGACUUAAAAGUCAUAUAUCACAAAUAUUAAUAUAUAAUAAUAAUAAUAGUAGUAGUAGUAGUAAUUUAAAAUCAUUAAAAUAAGCAAUAAUUACUUAUUACUAUUAAUUUAUAAAACCAUCGAAUCAUUUUAAAUUUUAAUUAACGCAUAAUUACGUGCCUUUGCUAAUGACCAAUUUUUAUAUAGAUAAUUAAUAAAACGUUUUUAUUUUACAUGGUUAAAAACUCCGAUUGAAAAAUUCUAAUCAGAAUUAAUCGGAAAAUUCCGAAUUAAUCCGAUUGACAGUUGAUCGGAAAUUGGGAAUUUAAUUGGAAAAAAAAAAUUUUCCGAUUGAAUCUGAUUAAAAAAUUUCCAACAAUUGGAAAAUAAUCGGAGCGGAAAUUUUUUAUUUUCUAAUUAAAUCUGAUUAAAAAUUUUCCAUUAAUUGGAAAAUAAUCAGAGAGUAAAUUUUUUAUUUUCUAAUUAAAUCUGAUUUUUAAAAAUCUAUCGGAUUCAAUUGGAAAAUGAUCGGAAAAUAAAAAAUUUUUUUUUCCAAUAAAAUCUGAUGAAAAAAUUUUUAUCGGAUUCAAUUGGAAAAUGAUCGGAAAAUAAAAAAUUUUUUUUUCCAAUAAAAUCUGAUGAAAAAAUUUUUAUCGGAUUCAAUUGGAAAAUGAUCGGAAAAUAAAAAAUUUAUUUUCCAAUGAAAUCUGAUUGAAAAAUUUCCCGCGCAAUUUUGAAUGAAGGCUUGUUUCCGACUGAAUCUGACAGAUAUCCGAUUGAGUAUCAAUCAGAUUUAAUUGGAGUUUUUAAUUAGAAUUCUAUUUAAAAAUUAAUUUAACUGCCCGACGUACUUCUGCAGUAAAUUUUUACAAGUUUCUAGUCAAGAAACAUUUUUUAAUUAUCGCUUAAAAAAAAAACAAUAUAUAAGUAUAUAAAUAUAUAUAUUUUGAUUAAUAAUUUUUUAAAUAUUUUUUUUUAAUUUUACUUGUUAGCUGCAGGAGUUAACGUAAAUAAAAUUUUAUUUUUUUUAAAUUAAUUUAAAUAAUUGACAUUGAGUUUAAUAUUUUUUAAGAUCUCACCUUUUUGUAAAUUUUUAACUGCCAGGUGCUUAUUGUUUUUUUUUUUUAAAUUUAAAUAUUAAGUUAAAUGUCAGUAUAUUUAAUAUUUAAUAAAUAUAUACUAGAUAUAUAAAUUUAAAUAUUAACAUCGGGAAAAUUUGGCUGAGUGUGUAUAAUUUUGUAAAUUAAUUCAUUAUAAUUAUUAUUAUAUUUUAUAUAUAAUUUAAUCCUAUUAACUCGCAAUAAUUAAAAUUAAUGAGUGAUUAAUUAUUUUUAAAUUAUAAAGUUAAAGAUACAGAUGAUUAAUAAUUAAAUAGAACUGACGUGUAAAUACAGAAUAAGGUUUUAUUAUUAAAAAAAACAAAUAAUAAGUAAAAUAUUUAUUAAAUUAUUUGUAUUCACUCAUUACCUUAUCCUUUAAUUUAAUUAAUUAAUCAAUUAUUUAAUUUCAUAUAUAGUCUUCCCAGAGAUUAAGUCGCCUUCGGGUAUCUUCGGUAAUUUUCGGGUUUCGAUAUUAACGUUAACCAAUGGCGGGAGAUUAAAAAAUUUUCCGAGUAGGGGAACAACCAACAGUGAAUUACUUUCUGGGAAGACUAUAAUUAGUAAUUUUUUUCUAAUUAUUAAUUAUUUAAUAAAAAAAAAAUUAAUUAAGAAGUGAACUAUUUAUUAAAUUAUUUUGUAUUAAACCCUUGUCUUAUUCUUUAAUUUAAUUAAUUAAUCAAUUAUUUAAUUUUAUGAACUAAAGUCAUAUUAAAUUAUACAUGAUCUAGUCUUCUUAGAGAUUGAGUCGUCUUCGGGUAUCUUCGGAAAUCUUCAGGUUUUGAUGUUAACGUUAACCAAUGGCGGGACUAAAAAAUUUUUUUAAAAGUGCGGGAACAACCAACGGCGAAUUACUUUCUGGGAAGACUAUAAUUAGUAAUUUUUUUUCUAAUUAUUAAUAGUUAAUUAAUAAAUUAUUCAGUAAAAAAAAUUAACUAGUAAGUGAACUAUUUAUUGACUUAUUUUGUAUUAAACUAUUGUCUUAUCUUUUAAUUUAAUUAACUAAUCGAAUACUUAAUUUUAUGAACUAAAGUCACAUUUAAUUAUAUAUGAUCUAGUCUUCUUAGAGAUCAAGUCGCCUUCGGGUAUCUUCGGCAAUCUUCGGGUUUUGAUAUUAACGUUAACCAAUGGCGGAAAAUUAAAAAAUUUUCCGAGUGGGGGAACAACCAAUGGCGAGUUACUUUCUAGGAAGACUAUAAUUAGUAAUUUUUUUCUAAUUAUUAAUAGUUAAUUAAUAAAUUAUUUAGUAAAAAAAAAUAAUUAGUAAGUGAACUAUUUAUUAAAUUAUUCUGUAUUAACUCAUUAUCUCAUUUUUUAAUUUAAUUAAUUAAUUAAUUAUUGAAGUUCAUAAAUACAAGAUAUAUUAAAUUAUAUAUGAUCUAGUCUUCUUAGAGAUUAAGUCGCUUCGGGUAUCUUCGGUAAUUUUCGGGUUUUGAUGUUAACGUUAACCAAUGGCGGGACUGAAAAAUUUUUUUAAAAGUACGGGAACAACCAACGGUGAAUUACUUUCUGAGAAGACGUUAAUUAUUAAUUUAGAUCUAAUGAUUAAUGAUAAAUAAAUAAAUAAAUAAAUAUAUGAAUAAUUUAGUUAAUAAAAAACAUUUAUUGAAAAUUACAAUUUACAUUAACAUUCGAUACAAGAGAUUACAUAAUCUUGUUUAUUAAAUUUAAUUAAUAAUGAUUUUUAUAAAUUUUUGGAUGUACCCAAAAAUAUACUUCAGUUUAAAUUCUUCGUAUAAAAAAAAUUAAAUACGUAUAUAAAAAUAUUGUAAUAGUGUACAAUUACUCUAACAAAUUUGAGGUUAAAAAAAUUACGUAUUUUAAAAUCUUUAUUAAUUGCGUGUGAGUUCAAUUUCGAAAAUUUACCGACAAAAACAAAAACAAAAACAAAAAUACUAAAAAUGCUGUGAAAUGUUUUUGUUACUUACAAUUAAUUACAUAUACAAGGUUUUAUUUAUUUACAACAUACUUUUGUACAAUCACGUGUCCGUUAGGUAUAAAAUUAAAAAAAAAAUAUUAAAUAAAUAAAACAUGAUUUGUAUGAUGAAAAAAACUGAUAUAUAUUAUAUACAAUGAUAAAUUCCUUUUCAUAUAUUAUUAUAUUAAUAUAUAUAAAAUACUCACAACGCAAAAUAUUGUACACUAUUGUUUUAGUAUUUAACGCAUACUAUACCGGAGUCAUUUAUUUUUUAAUUUAAUUUAAACCCGCAGUUAAAUAAUUUAAUAAAAAAAAAAAAACGUUUACGUAAAUUUGAAAUAAAUAAUAAUUUAAAUUAAUGAUUUUAUUUUUAAAAUAUUUAACUGCGUAAAAUUUAACCGUAAAAUUUUAGUGGUGAUUAAAAUAUUGAGGUUAAGAAUUUUAAAAGACUCCGGUUGUAUUUUACUGUAACGAUUGUGCAUUUUUUAAAAAAUCUCAAAAUAAUCUCAUGUAAAUUUAAAAUCGACUUCGUGUACAAUAAAUAUAAAAAAAAAUAUGAUAUUAAAAUGUAUACCCGUAGAAUGUGUUGUAAAAAA